AUGUCUAUUGAAAUUGAAUCAGCUGAUGUAAUAAGAUUAAUUCAACAAUAUUUAAAAGAAUCAAAUCUUGUUAAAACACUUCAGACAUUACAGGAAGAAACUGGAGUUUCUCUUAACACAGUUGACAGUGUUGACGGUUUUGUAGCGGAUAUAAAUAAUGGUCAUUGGGACACAGUUCUAAAAGCUAUACAGUCGUUAAAACUGCCGGAUAAAAAGCUGAUUGAUUUAUAUGAGCAGAUCGUGUUAGAGUUGAUUGAACUUAGGGAAUUGGGCGCUGCUAGAUCUUUACUACGACAAACAGAUCCUAUGAUUAUGAUGAAACAACAGGAGCCAGAAAGAUAUAUUCAUCUGGAAAAUCUAUUGGCGAGGUCUUACUUUGAUCCGCGAGAAGCUUAUCCCGAUGGUAGCACCAAAGAAAAGAGACGUGCUUACAUAGCCAACGCAUUAUCUGGAGAAGUAUCAGUAGUACCCUCAAGCAGACUGUUGGCCCUAUUGGGACAAGCUUUGAAAUGGCAACAGCAUCAAGGACUUUUGCCUCCUGGUACAACAAUUGAUUUAUUCCGUGGUAAGGCUGCAGUCAGAGAUCAAGAAGACGAGAAAUACCCUACUCAAUUGUCUAAACAAAUAAAAUUUGGACAAAAGUCACACGUAGAGUGUGCAAGGUUUUCUCCAGAUGGUCAGUACUUGGUGACUGGUUCAGUGGAUGGCUUCAUAGAGGUCUGGAAUUUUACAACUGGUAAAAUAAGAAAAGAUCUAAAGUACCAAGCUCAGGACACUUUUAUGAUGAUGGAGCAAGCUGUCCUGUCAAUGGCUUUCAGCCGAGACAGUGAAAUGCUGGCAACUGGCUCUCAAGACGGUAAGAUAAAAGUCUGGCGUGUCCAGAGCGGACAGUGUAUAAGACGAUUCGAGAAAGCUCAUGCCAAAGGAGUCACUUGCAUUCAAUUUAGCCGAGACAAUGGUCAAAUUUUGACGGCUUCUUUUGACGCUACUAUAAGAAUCCACGGACUGAAGUCAGGAAAGACUUUGAAAGAGUUCCGUGGUCACUCGUCGUUCGUCAACGAAGUGGUCUUUGCUUCUGACGGACAUCACGUUAUCAGUGCUUCGUCUGACGCUACUGUUAAAGUCUGGAGUAUCAAGACUACCGAGUGCAUCGGAACGUACAAGUCACUCGGUGCUGCCGACCUUACUGUAAACAGCGUUCAUGUUUUACCGAGAAACCCAGAGCACUUUGUAGUAUGCAACCGCUCAAAUACCGUAGUUAUUAUGAACAUGCAAGGUCAAAUAGUCAGGUCAUUCUCCAGUGGUAAGCGAGAGGGCGGUGACUUUGUUUGCACUGUUGUAAGUCCACGAGGUGAAUUUAUUUACUGUGUUGGAGAAGAUUUGGUGCUCUAUUGCUUCUCAACGUCUUCAGGAAAGCUCGAGAGAACUCUUAAUAUUCACGAAAAAGACGUAAUUGGAAUCGCUCAUCAUCCUCAUCAAAAUCUUUUGUGUUCUUACAGCGAAGACGGUCUCGUAAAAUUAUGGAAACCUUAA